UCUUCUUUGAUUCCUAUAAAAAAAUUAUUAGAGUUCUCCAUCACCCCUAAAAAUAUCGCGUUCAAUUGAAUCUGUUAAGUUUAAAUUUUGAAUACGUCUCUCUGACUUUCCAGCAUGUCCAAUUAUGAGUUCUCUUCCUCUAGGAACUCAUGUCCUUGUAAUUGCGUCGGAGCAAUUGUGAGUUUAGGUGUCCUAGCACUCAUCCUAUGGCUAAGUCUACGUAUGACGAAGCCUAAAUGUUCCAUCGGAGAUGUUUACGUACGAGGUCUUGAUAAAUCAGUCAACUCCAACAAUAUGACUAGACACGAUAAUCAUGUAUCAUUUCAACUCAAUUUGAACAAUGGAAUGAAGGACAAAAGCGUUCGUUAUGAUGAUAUUACGCUUAAUUUCUACUAUGGUACAAAUACAAGUUACCCUAUUGGUAAUUAUACAUUUGAUGGAUUUAAACAAGGUAAAGACAAAGAAGCUUUUAAAAGUGGAAUGAUUGAGACAUAUAAUAUGCCCUGGGAUGAUGCAAUUAAGGCAGUUUCAAAUGGAUCUAAAGCAAGUUUUAGAGUUGAUGUGAGUAGUAGAAUUAGGUACAAAAUUACAUUUUGGUAUACCAAAAGACAUAAUUAUUUUGUGGAAAAUAAAGUUAGAAGUUGAUGAUACUGGUAAAUCCAGUGCACAACAAAUUAGUUUUUGUUUUGGACCACUAUUUGUUUUUUCAUUUUUACUUUAAUUGUUUUUAGGAUUCAUGAAGGAGAGGAAAUCUUUUGAUUAGUAUUUUAAUUUAGUGGACUUUUUGUUAUUCUUUCUUAAAAGGUUGUAAAGGACUACUUGCAUUGAUUAAUGGUAAUAUUUUAUUUGUUUCAA